AUGUGCCAUUUUCCUACCAAUCUGAGUGCUGCAACAAAGGUAUGGCUUCUUAUCUUCCCAGAGAAGACUGAGCCCUCCGAGCUCAAGAAGCUGUACGAGCCGUUGCGUGUAAAACUGGCAAAGGUGCCUGGGUUGAAGAGCCAGAAGGAAUCUAUCCCUUUCCUCACACCCGUGGGAUUUCCCUUUGGCUUUACGCGUGUUCUCCAAGAACCUCGUUCGCUCCAAAGAUGGCCCCAAGCGUCUCACACGGGCUGGAAGAAGAUCAAGUGGGGUCGCUCCGACACCAUCACACGCCACGUCGUAGCUGGUGGUACAGUGGCCGCUAAUGGAGACAAGAUCGACAGUGUCGUCAGUCCUGCAUGGCGCAAAAUGGUGUCUCACUUAGGCUUCACUAAUUCGUGGGCGCAAGUGCGACUUUCGCCGAACAACGCGCCCUCCUUAGGACCAUGGCAGAGGUGCAAGUCCCAAUCCUGCGCUCUGUAG